AUGGGGGGACUUCUUUGGCACAGGUAUGAUGGUUGUGGCUUUGAAGCAUGUGGAGACAACAGCCUGACUAAAGGAGGUGUUGAAGAUGUCUGUAAGGACAUCCUUGAGCUCUUCUGCGGUCUUUCAAAACACGACCAGCCUGGGGAAAGCACUAGAGAUUUGGGGGUUUUACCGCAGUCUGAGGUGACAGAGGCGAAGGCAAGAUCCAAGCGCUGCACCUGUUAUUCCUAUAAGGAUAAAGAGUGCGUCUACUACUGUCACUUGGAUAUCAUCUGGAUCAACACGCCCGAACGCACGGUGCCCUAUGGCAUGUCAACCUAUCAAGGACCUCAGCGACUCAGGCGUGCUGUGGCAGGACUGGCCAUUUCACACGAGGCGACAAGGCCUCAGCGCUGCGUUUGUGCUGAGCCUGAGGUCGACACCGGGUGCCACAACUUCUGUCAGACAAACCCCCUGCACAGCGAACCAAACAGGACUAUCUCCAGACUUCGUGGCCCCGGAUGAUGAUUUGGUCCAUCUCCACCUUCAGCUGCUCUCCUUGGGGGGAACAGACCUCUCUCUUCUUUGGCCCCAGCUCUCCAUUUGGCACAAGUGACUCCACAGGUACACCCGAGUUCAAGGACAGAACGCUGGAGCAUCAUGCUGCUGACAUUCCAUGGCACCAAACUUCAAUCCUUCAAACAAGUUGCGCCAGGCCAAGCGGUUUCAUUAACUGAUCCCUGGAGGCUAUCCCCAGUUGUGUUUCCUCAUG